AUGACUCUCCAACUGCAGAGAGUACUCCACAAUUUUGAACUUCAAGGCAAUAAUCUUGAGAGUUCGUCGACCAUGGUCAUGAACUAUAAUGGAUCAAUCAAACGCACACGAGCCGAACCUGAUCAAGAGCAAGAGGCCGUGAUCUUCAAGAAACCUAGGGUUGAAGGCAGCAAACCAGAGAGGUCCGUGAUGCCGUACCAAGAACUGAGUCCAAACUAUGAAUCUGAAACAAGGCUGAAGAUGGUAUCUGGAUCUUUCUAUUUGCCCAAGGAAAACGAACUGCAACCCCAAGGUGAAGACGCUCACUUCAUAUGUGCAGAAGAAAACACCAUUGGAGUGGCGGACGGUGUUGGUGGAUGGGCCAACAAGGGCAUCGACUCGGGUCUCUACGCUCGAGAACUCAUGAUGAACUCGGUCAUGGCGGUUCACAAUCAACACAUGACCUCAUCAGGAGUCAUUAAUCCAAGAAAAGUGUUGGAGGAGGCUUUCUCAAACACCAAGAACAUCCAAGGCUCGUCAACCGCUUGCAUUGUCACGCUAAACAAAGAUGUCUUGCACUAUGCGAAUGUUGGUGACAGCGGUUUCAUGUUGUUUCGAAACAACAAGUGCUUGUUCAGGUCUUCAGCUCAACAGCACAGGUUUAACUGUCCUUUUCAGUUGGGGAACGCCCCAAGAAGUGAUCAUCCGAGCUCGGCUACGGGGGUGCCGGUUAGGGUGAUUCCGGGAGAUGUCAUAGUUCUUGGGACUGAUGGGUUGCUUGAUAACAUGUUUGGGAGGGAAAUCGAGCAAGUUUUGGAGGACAAGACUGAUGAAGGUGAUGUGGAUCCGGAGAUGUUGGCUGGGAUUAUAGCGGAGUUGGCUUUGUAUAAUUCUUUUUUUUUUUUGGUUACAAUCGGGGCCUAA